UCAGAUGGGGAGAUGCCAGACAGCUGGAACACCUCUUCAGACAGCCUAGAAGCACGAACCGCAGGCAUUAUUGUGCCAGUGGUUUUCUCUCUCAUCUUUUUCGUAGGAACAGUGGGGAAUGGCUCGGUGCUGGCUGUGCUGCUACACAACGGACAGGUGAAAUACAACACCACCAACCUGUUCAUCCUUAACCUGGCUGUGGCGGACCUGUGCUUCAUUGUCUUCUGUGUCCCCUUCCAGGCCACCAUCUACACACUGGAUGGCUGGCUCUUUGGUGCCUUUGCCUGCAAGGCAGUGCACUUCCUCAUCUACCUCACCAUGUAUGCCAGCAGUUUCACCCUAGCAGCUGUCUCAGUGGACAGGUAUCUGGCUAUCCGUUACCCACUGAAAUCCCGGGAUCUCCGCACCUCUCGCAAUGCAGCCCUUGCCAUUGUAAUGAUCUGGACACUAUCACUGCUUUUUGCAGGGCCGUAUCUCAGCUACUACCAAAUAGUCCACUACCAGGAGGUGCCUAUCUGUGUCCCUAUUUGGGAGGACCAGCGCCGCAAGAUCUUGGACAUCCUCACCUUUGUAUUUGGCUACGUCCUCCCAGUCUUUGUCGUCAGCCUGUCUUAUGCUAGGACCAUUAAGUUCUUGUGGACUGCUGUAGAUCCCAUUGAGAGAAUCUCAGAGUCCCGUAAAGCCAAGCGCAGGGUCACCAAGAUGAUUAUUGCAGUGGCUGUCCUCUUCUGCCUGUGCUGGCUGCCCCACCACCUGGUGAUCUUGUGCUUCUGGUUUGGCUCUUUCCCCUUUAAUCGAGCCACCUAUGCCUGUCGCUUGGCUUCCCAUUGCCUGUCAUAUGCCAAUUCUUGCCUCAACCCGAUUGUCUACGCUCUCAUCUCCAAGCACUUCCGCAAGAGAUUCAAGCAGGUCUUCACCUGCCUCCUCAUCCUGGACAAGAACAGAAAGAAGAGAGCUGGCAACAAGGUUCAUGUGGCCAACGUCACCAAUGGCUUAGUCAACCAUACAGCAGGCUUCUAUGGAGGGAACACUGAGGUAACCCAGCUUCAUGAUGAAAAUAUCAGAUGCUACCAGGGCCUGUUGUUGAGAGAAACUGAAAGGGCUCUGCCUGAGGCAUGGCCUCAUCAGUUACAAGACAUGGUUAUCUCAGAUCAGAGAGAGCUAAUGGAUGAAGAAGGUUCUGGGACAACUGACAACCACCAACUGGCUGUGACACCACAUGGAGAGACUGAGACUUACUAA